UAAAAAUAGAUAAUGUCGAAGUUGAGAAAACGUGAUUUAUUCUUAAAAAGAAUUAUAUAAAAUCAGAUAUAUCUAGUAGUAAACAAAUGCAAAUAAUGACAAGUAAACAGAUAUGCCUUUCAUUACCAGAAUCUUAUCAAAUAAAUACUAUUAAGAUAAUUUAUUUAACAUGUGCUACAGUGAUAACAACUACAUUUAUUGUGGAAUGUAUAUUAAUUCAUUUAGUUGUACAACCAUAUUUACAUGAAUCAGCAUUUACACAUACAAAUUGUAGUUUUGUACAUGCUCAUAUUGUAAAAACAGAUGUAAAAUGUGAAAAUAAAUGUUCAAAAGAUCGUUCAAAAUUUCCUUGUUUAAAAGUGAUUGUACAAUAUAUUAGUGGAGAGAAAAAUCAUAAAGUUAUACUAUUUGAUAAUAUUGCCACAUAUAAUCAUUAUAAACUACUUGGAUGUGCUACCAGUGCAUGUCAUCAUCGUGAUAUGGAUAAUACAGAAUGGGUAGAGAAAUUUCAAAGACGUAUACGACUUCAACGUCAUUUCAAGUGUUAUAUACAUGCAACACAUGAAGAUGAAGCAUUAUUGUAUAAAUUUUAUACUUUUAAUACAGUUUUUCAUGCUGUUUUCUGGCCAAUUAGUCUAUUUUUAACAUCGACUAUUUGUCUUUGCUUAAUUUAUAUAUCUGAUAAAUGUCGUGUAUGGACAGGUGAUCAAGAUGUAAUCGUUUAAUAAUGGAUGAAUGAAUGAAUGAAUGAAUGAAUGAAAUCUAUAGGAAUAAGAUGAAAUAAAAGGCAUUUUGACAUGUACAUCUAUACUGUUUAUUAAAUUAUCAUACUUUCUUGAUAAUUUUACUGUUUGUACAAGUUUUUUUUUUCUAUUCUACUAUAAAAUAAAACAAAGCAUUUCAACUAA